GUGCUAAGUGGGUAUAUACUGAUCUUGCACAUGUGAACCAGUGCCUACCGAUUCCUAAUACCAAAUCUUCUAAUUACCAGAGUCGGGAGCCUUGUUCUCGGGAUGACAGUACGACAUACUGUACAUAUGAUCUGCUUUGACUGAUUAAUUUAUUGGUAUGGAAGUUAUUACAUUUUCUCAGACCUAACGUACAUGUGCUUCAAAGAUUUUAAAAAUGGGUAAAGUGUGGACUGUUUUGGUCUUCAUUGUUGUCCUUCUAAUAUGGAUGACGCCACAAGCCGAUGCAAAGAAAUUCAAGAAUAAGGAUAAAGCCUCGUGUGCUUAUCAAGGAAUAAUGUUUGUGCAUAAACAAAGUUUUAUUUCACCGGGGGAUCCGUGCCGGCGGUGUACCUGUAAAAAUGGAGAUUUGAAAUGCAAACGGCAACCCUGUCCAGUUUUAGACUGUGAAGUAUAUGUCAAAGAAGAAGGUGAAUGCUGCCAGAAAUGUACAGAAAAAGUAAUUAAUCGGAAUAUAAAUGAGUCAACAUCAUCAGGAAAAAAAUCGAUAACCAUUAUGGUGACGCUUCCGCCUCCCCCAAUGAUUCCCCCUCCCCCACCAUCAUUACGUAAACAAAUGCAAGAUCUUGGUAUCAAUUAUUCCAUUACAACGGAGCUUCCGCCAGCGCUACAAGAGCACACCGUUAAUAUCAAGAUUACGCAACAUGACAAAUCAAAUGAUAGUGGCAUCAUCCACAUACCUCCCCCUCCCAUCAUUCCACCACCUCCUCCUCCAUCAAUUGCAUCACUUUCAGACGCCCAUGACGUUAUUAAUAAUCCACAAGCAACAGAAUCGACCGGACGUCAAGUAACCAAGAAUGCCAUAAAUGAAGAAUGUAGAGUUAUCCAGAAUUUACCAGAAUGUGUUGGCCCUGUAGGACCUAAGGGAGAAAGAGGAAAGAAUGGGCGGCCUGGACCAUCGGGAUCUCCAGGAAAGGAGGGACCAAAGGGAAGUACUGGUGAGAAGGGUAUACCAGGACAACCAGGUAAAAAAGGUGAAGUCGGACCGCGUGGCAGAAAGGGGAGCGCUGGCGAGAAAGGUGAAACAGGCCGUCCAGGGAAAACAGGUGCGACAGGAAAACCAGGGACUUCUGGAGUAGACGGAAUCCCGGGCUUACCUGGAAUCCAAGGCGCUGAAGGUCCCAUCGGUCCGAAGGGGUCCCAAGGGUUACGAGGUCGACGCGGGAGAAGGGGUAAGCUAGGGAAGCCUGGACAUAUUGGCCCAUCUGGAAUUAAGGGCAUCAGGGGUAAUGAUGGUCUCCCUGGACCAGUCGGACCAAAUGGGUUUGACGGACUCGAUGGCCGAAAAGGUGAUAGAGGCCUGAUGGGAAUUCCCGGAGCACCUGGUCUACCAGGGAGGCCAGGACCAUCAGGUCCUAAGGGCAUCAAUGGGCAAAAAGGUGAAAAAGGCGACACUGUAAUGCACGGGCAACUUGUUAUUGUCGCGGACGAAUCAGCUUUGAACGAAAUCGAUUCGGAAGCGAUGUUGGCAUAUCGCCUUGACGACAAAAAGCUCUACCUCCGAGAUGACAGUCAAUGGCGAUGUUUAAUGCUUGAGAAUGACAUGCAAACAAUGCAUGGGCCACCAGGACCCCCGGGGAAACCAGGAGAGCGAGGAAAGCCAGGACCUAUGGGUCCAAAAGGGGCAAAGGGCGACUAUAAUGGCGUGGUAAAAAACGGGCAUCCCGGUGUUUGCGGAAAUGGUAUCAUUGAAAAAGGGGAGCUGUGCGAUGAUGCAAAUGAAGAUGAUAAUGAUGGAUGUAUCAACUGCCAACCAUCGUAUUGUGGUGACGGGUAUAGACAGGAAGGCGUUGAAGAGUGUGACACGCUCGACUUUGGUGAUAAAUCAUGCAAUAGCUUCCUUCCAGGCUACAUUGCCACUGGUGUGUUACGAUGUAACUGGCGAUGUCAAAUAAAUCCCCAGGGUUGCCAAGCGCUAUAUAGGAAACCAAGCACGCCCUCAGGAGGACCAAAAUGAUAUUGAAUACCGAGUUUAAACAUUUACGCUAUAGCCUAUUAAAGUUCGGUUGGUUUGUCAACGAGAUUUCAGAAUCACUGAGCAGGUAUUAUGGGAUAUCAUACAGAUCUUAAUCGAAAUUCACUUGAAAAUGGGACUGGGACAAAAAAAUGUACAGACCUAUUACACAUGUCUACCUAUUGGACAGGAUACGGUAAUCUAUUAUUUUACCCAUUUUCCAAACUGAUGUUUUCAUUUUUUGUUGAACGCAUACCUUGACUUUGUGUAUUGUGACUUUCCGAUUUCUUUAUUCUCUUUUCCCAUCCGUUUGAAAUACAUUUUUUUUUUUUUUGGUAAAAUGUGUAAAUAAAUAUACAACGUUUAGGGAAUGUCUUUCAUGUUAGGUGUGUCUUUUCGUAUUGUAUUAUUUGCUUAAAAGCGUUGUUCAAAUAAAGUUAUAUAAUAUUUAGUUAUUCUUCGGUAAACUCUGGUUUCGGUUUCGGUUCUUACCCUGGACUUUAUAUUGUACCACUUAUUUAAACUGUUGGCAAAGAUAUAGUCCUACUGCAGAAUCAAAGAAACUGUGUUGUUUUUAGGGGCCGAUUUACUUGUUAAUGUCAUAACCGCCGGCGUCUAACUCUCAAGUAUUGCCUGUGAAGCAAAGAGUUGAAUAACUUAUGUCUAUUCAUGACAUGUCAGCUCAAGAUGGAUCAGUCAUACUGAACGAUAACAAUUAACUUAUGCCUACAUUCAUGACCAAUCAUAAUGAGACAGAAGGUAUGACCAUAAUCCGAGGCUAAAAUACUAAGGAACCUAGUGAUGAUAGAGCACUACAUAGGGUCAAAAACCGAUUAGAAUUGAUUUCUGAUGGAUAGUCCUAUUGACGAACUUUGUAUCAAAGUCUAUCUCAAGUUCAUAUUGUACAUUAAACCGGUCAAAAGGUAACAAGAUAGCGUCUAGUUGUCUACUUACUAUAAUACUAUUCUUCAUUUAUAUGACGUCAUCGGUAAAUUACUAUAAUGUUAUGCCAAUAUUGCAAAUUAUCAAUCCGAGUAUAAUCAAUAAUAACCGAUACAGAUAAUUAUAUUUGAUUAUUGUGAUUGCAGAAUGUGGUCAAUAUCAUAUUUAGAGCGUAUUUAUAUCUUCUUGUGCUUAUUUCUGUUUUAAGGCUAAAUAAAUAUGUUAAAGUUAUUUAAAUUUCCGAUGGUGGAUUUCAUGGAUGUAUAAAUACAAGUAUAAAUAUUAUUUAUUCCUGUAUGAUUUAAGAAACACUUUCAUUCGUUGACUUUGUAUUGGUGGUCCAUUGGUCUGUGCAUCUAUGCAUGAGUGAAAGUUGCAGAGGCCACGUGGUUCAAAUUUGUGGUACGAUCUUUUGGGGAAACAGUGACAGGCAAUUGAGUUGAUCCUAUCUACAACCACACGAUGUCUGUAAAUGAUUAAUGAUCGGACGAUUAUGAGAAGUAACAUACGGGAAGCAAUUGGAUGAAUUUCAGUCCCACCAGAUUAUCGUAAAUAACUUUAUGAACAAUAAGCCACGUAUCAUUAUCUGGCGACCACAUAUCGACUGUGCUUCCGAUAAGUAUGAAAUUGUCAGCAAUCAGGCCUCCGCAAUGUAAGGUUGGGACCUAACUGGUGAUAAGAAUCUGAUUACUUUGGCUGAGCCAGUAAACAAGUGGAAGGCAGGCCCAGGAACCUCUAUGCAAAUCACAACACAAGGUCCGCAUUAUAUAAGAGUCCACAAAGUUGCAACGUUUCAGUCUUAUUCUGACGUGAAUGGUGGCUCUGUUCACGAUGAGUAUAAUUCAGACAUCACUGUUUGUUGCGGUUUGUAUCGCGGUAGCUGUUUCCAAGAAAGUUGCCCCUUGUGUCUCGCCAGUACAGUGGGAAGGAAGAGCUAGCGAAUAUGAUCACAUUUCGGGUAUCAACAAUCGAUUCUUAAUCAGCUUU